AUGCGCGCUCCUAAUUUCUGGCUUUGGGCCUCUCUCGCGGCUCCGUCUUUUGCCGUUCACGCGCCUUGGAACCUUGGAAAUGGGUUUGAGCUCACAGUCAACAACAGCACCAACCGUCUGUCUAUCGCCCAGGAUGGCCGUACCAUCUGGGACACCGUGCCCGGCCAAGGAUUCCUCAGUGCCAGUGCAGGGGAUGACGAGGUCAUCGCCGCCAACGGUAACUUCAAGAUCAAUGAAGUAGACCAAGACAAGUGCAGUGGCCAGAAGAUCACAAAUGUUACUCUUCGCUCAUGGCACGGAAGUGCGAAUGCUCACGCUGCGGUCAUUGAGGGUCAACUCACUGGCUGUGGUGAUGCCAAUCUUGAUUUCUCUGUCGCCUUCUGGGUCCCAUCUGAGUUCCCCGAUCGUAUUGCCUUCAACGUUAAUGUCAACCCUGGGUCUUUGUCGCAUGCUGCCACAAAGGUCUUCCUUACCUAUCGGUCUUCGCCCAAUGAAGACUUCUACGGUCUCGGUGCCCAGGGGUCUUUCGCUUCCUUCAAGAAUCAGUCUAUUCCCAUCUUCUCUCGUGAGCAAGGAGUCGGUCGAGGCGACCAGCCUACGACCCGCCUUGAGAGUGAGGAUAGCUUUUUCGCUGGCGGAGAUCACUUCACUGCAUACUCCGCUGUUCCUCAAUACAUUAGCUCCAAUGCACGGGUGUUCCACCUGACCCAAGAGAGCUCUGCGUAUACCACCUUUGAUUUCACCGACCCCAGUGCUGUCACCGUGCGCUACGAUGCUCUCACUGUCGAUGGUUACUUCAUGCAAGCAACGGAUAUGCUGAAUGGAAUUUCUAUGCUUACCGAGUACACCGGCAGAAUGCCUGCAUUGCCCAAGUGGGUGGAUACAGGUGCCGUGCUUGGCAUCCAAGGUGGACAGUCAAAGGUGAACCGCAUUGUUGAGCAGGGACUCAAGCUUGAAUGUCCCGUCGCCGCAGUCUGGCUGCAGGAUUGGUCUGGCACUCACUCGCAGAGCGUGUCUUACAUGUCCUUGAAUGUUUCUCGUCUCUGGUGGAACUGGGAAUCUGACUCCACGCUUUACCCAACUUGGAACAAGUUUGUCCAGGCUCUCCGUGACGACCACAACGUCCGCACUCUGGCAUACAUCAACCCGUUCCUGGCCAAUGUUAGCUCAAAGCCCGAUGGAUACACCACCAACCUGUAUGAGGAGGCUACUCAGUUCGGAUACAUGAUCCAGAACUCUACCACCAACGAAACUUCCGUCAUCUCCAGUGGCCCGGGCCUUGACGCCGGUAUCCUCGAUCUUACCAACCCUGCUGGACGAUCCUGGUUCAAGGAGGUGUUGCUCGACCAAGUCUGGAGCGCCAACAUCUCCGGAUUCAUGACUGAUUUCGGCGAGUACACGCCGAUUUAUAAGGACACUCGCUUUGCCAACAAGAGCAUUAACCCAUUCUUCUACCACAACGCCUACCCUCGCGAGUGGGCUGCUCUCCACCACUGGAUUGGCAAGAACGUUUCGCAAUUCUCGGACUCCAUUCUGUUCCAUCGUUCAUCUGCCAUGGCAUCUAACCGGUACAUGAACCUGUACUGGGCUGGUGACCAGGAUACCAAUUGGGGCGUCAACGACGGCAUCAAGUCUUCCAUCACUGUCAUGGGCCACAUGGGUCUGUCGGGAUAUGCCCACGGCCACACCGAAAUCGGCGGAUAUACCACUACGUGGGACAGCAACGGUGUCGUCAAUCGUUCUUCCGAGCUGCUCGGUCGCUGGGGAGAGCUCUCCGCUGUCGCCAGCGCCGUGUUCCGCACCCACGAGGGCAACGUCCCCCAGGUGAACGCACAAUUUUACACAAACUCUACCACAUAUUCCUGGUUCAGCUACAACGCGCGCAUGUUUGCCAGUCUGGCAACUUACCGCCGCCGCAUUUUGGAUACCGAAAGCAAGCGCCUGGGCUGGCCUUUGCUCCGCAUGCCGGUCAUCUACCACCCCAACGACCCGAUUGCAAAGGCUAUCAGCUACGAGAGCUUCUACCUUGGUUCCGAUUUAUAUGUCGCACCAGUGCUUGACCCCGGUCGCACUAGCGUCAAGGUCUAUUUCCCCGGGAAGAACCAGACCUACACCCACGUGUGGUCUGGAAAGAAAUACCACGGCGGACAGAUCGUCCGAGUCUCUGCUCCUUACGGAAAGCCCGCGGUGUUCGUUGUCGGCACCCCGAAGAACAAUGACCUCCAUGACUUCCUGCAGUUUGUCCAGAAGGAGAACAGCACUGUGAUCCACUUCUAG